ACGCGUCAUAUUUACUGCUCAGUGACUUACGAAAAUUCUAGCGACCAUGAAGUUCAUUCUAACUUUCUGUCUUAAGUUCGCCUUUUGCUUGGCCUUCGUCAAAGGCUUCCGCAGAUGUGUUAUUACCAACGUCGAUUGUACAUUGAACUCGAAGAUUUGUGCGCGUGGUCCGUGGGGUCUUCAGUGUCGAACAUUUAGAAAUCCUUGCCUGAUGGAAACGGAAAAUUGUUAUCGUUUUAGACCUUUUACUCAAACUGUUCUCACUGCCUGCAAUGGCCUAACCGAUGAUGUAUUGGGCAAUUGUGCCAGUUAA